UUCUAUCAAACUAGGUUAUUUACAAAGUAAACGAAUCAGAUAUCACUGAAUUUCAGAAAAUAAUGCAACAGGGUAUUUGACAGUCCGAAGAUUCACAAGAUAUUUCACACAUGUGUUAAGAACAAGCUAUUCUGAACUACUUCUUCAUCUGCGGAUGUGAGUUACAGAAAGACCUCAAGAUCAAGAUUUGACAGAGACAUAUGCAAACAGUCAUGUCCUCCAAAAUGGCAACCUCAAACAACAUAGCACAAGCAAAGAGGACAGUGCAACAGCUGAGAGUAGAGGCCAGCAUCGAGAGGAUAAAGGUGUCUAAAGCCUGUGCUGACCUCAUGCACUACUGUGGAGAACAUGCCAAAUUUGACCCUCUUCUUAUGGGUAUCCCCGCCUCAGAAAACCCCUUCAAGGACAAAAAGCCCUGCACUAUAUUGUAGUUGGACUGUUUUUUUGUCGUAUUUGUUAUUUAUCUUUUGACCGAGGGGCCUGUAAUUAAACCUUGGUCAUAACAUUUCUGUUAAACCCUGUGAUAAAUCUGUGCUACAUCCAGCUAGAUGUAAAUCAAUGCUUGUUGAACCUACCUACCACUAAACAAAGUGCUGUCCAGGAGAUGA